AUGUCCUUUGCAAGGAGCGUCUUACGCAUAACCCAGGCCGCGCGCCUCCCUACUACCGUUCACUCCGCCACCAUCUCUCACGGCCUGCGCGCUGCGCCGACAUCUCUUGCGCGCGGCUACGCAACGCUCUCGCCUCACACUCCUCCUCCAACCAAGCCGUACGAGGUAUUUGACGAGCCCGCCAAGGCCCGUCAGAGGGACCGCGCGGUGCUCCGUGUCAAUGAGGCUGUGGAGAACGAGGGUAUCGAGCUUGAGAUGUUGGACUAUUUGCGCGAGGAGGUUGCGGACAGGAUAUGUGAGAGAAUCGAGGACCUCAAGAUCCCACCUGCCACGAUCGUCGACCUGUCGUCGCAUGCGGGCCAGUUGACCCGCAUGCUCCAGGACAUUGUUGGCGACGCACUGCACCCUUCUACAGAGGGAGCCGGUGUGGUGGGCUCGGAGAAACGGAGGUUCAUCAUGGUCGACUCGAGUAAACUCGCUCUGGAGCGUGAUGGCGACGAGACCUUUACUUAUCCUGUCGAGCGCAUUGUCGCCCCAGCCUCGGACUUUCUCAACGACCCCCAGAUCGCGCCGUUGGCCGACAAGGUCGACGCCGUUGUGACUGCCGGUGGCCUGCAUUGGGUCGGUGACAUUGUCGGCGCCUUUACCCAAAUCCGCCAUCUCCUCAAACCCGACGGAGUCUUUAUCGGCGCCGUCUUUGGCGGCGACACGCUCUUUGAGCUGCGUACUGCGCUCCAGCUCGCAGAGCAGGAGCGUAGGGGCGGCAUCGCGAACCGCGUGUCUCCCAUGAUCAACACCACCGACGCGCCCUCGCUCCUCAACCGUGCCGGCUUCACCCUCACCACCGUCGACACAGACGACAUCACCAUCAACUACCCGUCGAUAUGGGAGCUCAUGGCUGACCUGAGGGACAUGGGCGAGAGCAACGCCAUCCUCGGCCGCAAGGCCCAGGUCAGCAGGGACGUGCUGCUCGCCGCCGAGUCGAUUUACAAAGAGCUUUACGGUAACGAAGACGGCUCGGUGCCCGCCACGUUCCAGAUCAUCUUCUUUAUCGGCUGGAAGCCCAGCCCGAACCAGCCCAAGCCUGCUGAGAGGGGCAGUGGCAAGGUCAGCCUGAAGGAUAUCUUGUAG